AUGGAAGACCGUACAAGAGAGGAUAUUCUCCCUCUGUUGAAAUCUAUUGAUUCAGAUAAGGCUGAUUACAUCAUGUGGGAAAUUCACGAGGAAAUGUGUGUGCAUCCGCAAGCUAAUGGACUGGUUGAAGCUGUCAAUAAGAACAUUAAGCGAAAUCUCAAGGCUAAGCUGGAAGGAUUAAAGAGGUUGUGGCCUAAAAUGCUGCUGAAUGUGUCAUGGGUCUAUCGGAUGAAUUCACAAACUUCAACGGGUGAGACUGCCUUUUUGCUUGCCUUUGGGGAAGAAGCUCUGAUGCCAGUUGAGAUCAAAAUUCCUUCCCAUAGGGUCGAGCUAUUCAAUCUAGCUAAGAGUGAUGAGGCACUUCGCCUAAAUCUAGACCUCCUGGAAGAGCAUCGUAAAAUAGCGAAUCUACCGGUGGCAGAGUAUAAGAGCUGA